CCCCUUCUUUAACUUACCUUUUCACUUCUAUAUAUGCCCGUUACCUAUCUCUUCUUAUGUACAACUCAUGAAUUUAUAAUAAAAAAAACCUCCUCCUUCUUCUCCUUCUCCUCCUCCUCCUCUCUCUCUAAAUGGUGGCUACAAAUUACCCUAAGUGGUUUAUGAAGCUAAGCUUGCAUGGCUUUCGACGGCCCAAGAAGAAAGAGUUAGAGCAUCCAAAAGGUAGCUUUCAAGAGGUUUUUAGUCGCCUAGACUCCGACGGUGAUGGCCGCAUAUCGAUUGAGGAGCUACUAUCCUUUUUAGGAUGGACUGGUGACCAUGUGCUGCCAGACGAAGCGGCGACGGUGGUUUCUGAUAUCGAUGUUGAUGAUGAUGGCUUCAUUGAUUAUUGUAGUUUUGUUCGGCUCGUGGAUGGCGGUCGUAGACGAGGAGAAGGACGAGAAGGAGAACGAGAUUAUGAGGAGGAUAAUCGAAGGGCUUUUGAGAUGUUUAAAGGGGAGGAAGGGGAGGGUUCUAUCACCCCUAAAGGGUUGCAAAGGGUGUUGGGGAGGCUUGGGGAUGAGAAGUCUGAAGAGGAUUGUGCUGCCAUGAUUAGGGUUUAUGAUCUUGAUGGUAAUGGGGUGUUGGAUUAUCAUGAGUUUCAUAGGAUGAUGGGUUAAGGGUUCAGCAUAUAGGUUGUGUCAUGGGGUUUCUGUUGUUUUGUUGAUUCAUAAAGUCUGUGAUUUUAAGCUUAUUGUGAAGAAGGUUGCAUGUAUA